UAACCGGAACGGUACCGGUCUGGUUCGCCAUGUACUGCGUAGGCUUUCGAUCCUUAACUGUUCCAGAACCAUUGGAAUCUUCUUUCCAGUUAGUUGAUGAAUUAUCCGACGCGGAAUUUUCUGGGUUGAUUACAGUUGAUGAAAUGCUUCCACGAAAGACCCACCGCGCCGUUUUCUUCUUUCUCUAUCUUCUGUUAUCUCCUUCUCUUUCUGCCUCUUCAUCUUUCCAGAAGAAGAAGCGUCAAAUCGAUGGACCCAUUAAAACAAUUGUCAUCCUGGUUAUGGAGAAUCGAUCUUUCGAUCAUGUUCUCGGCUGGCUCCGGGCAUCCCGACCGGAUAUCGACGGGUUGACCGGUACCGAAUUCAACCACGUCAACGCCUCCGACCCCUCGUCUGCUAAGGUCUUCGUUUCCGACGACGCCAUCUUCGUGGAUUCCGACCCGGGCCACUCGAUCCAAGCUAUCCGGGAGCAGAUAUUCGGGUCGAACGACACCCUGGCUGAUCCGGCGCCGAUGAAUGGGUUCGUGCAACAAGCGUUGAGUAUGGGCGUGGAGGGUUUGGAGAAGACAGUCAUGAGUGGAUUCAAGCCGGAGCUCGUUCCGAUCUACACCGAUUUAGCCAAUGAGUUCGCCGUUUUCGACCGGUGGUUCGCGUCGGUGCCGGCGUCGACUCAGCCGAACAGAUUCUACGUUCACUCGGCGACUUCUCACGGAGCCUCCAGCAAUGUUCGGAAAGACCUAAUCCAUGGAUUCCCUCAGAAGACGAUCUUCGAUUCGUUGGACGAGAAUGGCCUCAGCUUUGGCAUUUAUUACCAAAAUAUCCCUGCCACCCUCUUCUUCAACUCCCUCCGAAAGCUCAAACACAUUUCCAAGUUCCACAGCUACCCACUUAAGUUCAAAUUGCAUGCUAAGCUGGGGAAGCUUCCAAACUACGUCGUGAUAGAGCAGAGAUACUUUGAUGUUAAACAGUUUCCAGCUAAUGAUGACCAUCCAUCUCAUGAUGUGGCGCUUGGACAGAGGUUUGUGAAGGAGGUUUAUGAAACUCUGAGAGGCAGUCCACAGUGGAAGGAGAUGGCAUUGUUGAUUACUUAUGACGAGCAUGGCGGGUUCUAUGAUCAUGUCCCCGCCCCUGUUUCUGGGGUGCCUAACCCGGAUGGGAUACUCGGGCCAGAUCCUUACUACUUCAAGUUUGAUAGGUUGGGGGUGCGGGUGCCAACACUUUUGGUUUCUCCAUGGAUUGAUAAGGGCACUGAGAUCCAAACAUACCCUCAAGGUGUUAGAACAGUGAGGUUUUAUUUUGAAUAGUUCAGUCAUAGAAGGGGUGCUAUAGAAGUGCUACUUCCUCGCGUUAGAUUGAGUGAUGGAUAGUUACUAGCUAUGGAGUGGGGGAAGUUCAUAUUCUCCAGUAUUCAUGUCCAGAAAGGGGCAGAAGUGAUUCAUAAACCAAAUGGUCCACAGCCAUCUUCACAAUUUGAACACUCUUCCAUACCAGCAACAGUCAAGAGGCUCUUUAAUCUGGAUUCAAGCUUCUUGACCAGAAGAGAUGCAUGGGCUGGUAGUUUUGAUACCUACUUCCGCCUGCGUGACAUGCCACGUGAUGAUUGUCCAGAAACACUUGCGGAUGUGACAAUAUCAUUAAGACCAAAUGGACCAAAAGAAGAUGCCAAGCUCUCUGAAUUCCAAAUGGAGCUGAUCCAGCUGGCAUCACAGCUGUGUGGGGACCACAUCCUGGGCACAUACCCCGAGAUCGGGAAGGGCAUGAACGUCAGUGAAGCCAACCGGUACGUAGAGGAUGCUGUUGAGAGGUUCCUGGAGGCGGGAAGGGCUGCCCUGAGAGCAGGAGCAAACGAGUCUGCAAUAGUCACAAUGAGACCGGCUCUUACUAGUAGGACAUCCACUGGACCCUCCAUUGUCACCGCCUAAACAGGAACAAGCAAGGGUAAAACCUUUAUAGUAAGAUACACAAAGGUCUGAAGUAAAAACCGAUACGGCCUGGAUUCUCCGCUUCACAAGCACACUGGUGGCUCCACAACCAGAGGCGGAUCCGCGGAUCCAACGGGAUGUGUGCUGGGGCUAGCCUGCCCCUCAUCAACCCCACCCCCGAUGUGUAUAUAUAGCAUAUAUUUAUACUACAUAUGUAGUAAAAUUUAAUUAGUGUGCAAAAAUUUGACUGCAUAAGUUGUAUGUAAAUACUCCUUUAUAGCGUUAAACAUCUGUCACUUUUCGCUAACUAUGUACACGCACAAAGCAUAGUUUUAUCCGUGUUUAUUCGUAUUCACUAUCACUUUUCAUCUUUUAUAGUUUUAUUUAAUUCCCCUUUUGGGUGUUGAUAUGACAAAGCUUUUAAAAGCAUUACGGU